AUGGCUUUGAAUGCCAAAAAUAAGUUUGGUUUCGUUAAUGGUACCCUCCCCAAACCAACAUCCUCCUCAACAGAAACUCAAUUGUGGGAAUGUUAUAGUGAUAUGAUCUUAUCAUGGAUCCUCAACUCCAUUGAUAAAUUCAUUGUUCAUAAUCUGAUCUAUCAUGAAUGCCCCCGUGAUAUAUGGCUGGAUCUUGAGGAUCGUUUCUCUCAAAGCAACAAUCCUAAAAUUUUUAAGUUGAAGCGUGACAUUGCUACUCUCACCCAAGGCUCCAUGACCAUCUCUAUGUAUUUUACAUCACUUAAAGGUCAUUGGGAUGAACUCGCUAUGCUUGCCUCCACACCACAAUGCACUUGUGGUGUCUUAAAAGAAUUAACUCGAAUGCAAGACACUGAGCGUGCUUUUUAG